AUGGCCAGCUACAAAUCGGUUACCUUGGGUGUUCUGGGCAGGAGCUACUCUGUACGGCAUGCUCUAGGACAAUACAACUCAGCAUGCGUGACAGCAACGUACACCAUUUCGCCCAAGAGUGAAGCCGACCUGCUACCGCUCGAAGAACGUUUUCCAUUCGAGUUUGAAUGGAGCCUUCAAGCCACUAUUCGACAACAUCCUGGCUUGCUAUACGGCAUCUCGGAUGAAACAGAAGCCGGCAUUGCAAUGUACAGGCAGGUUGAUCAAAUUGAUUAUAGGGACGUCCUCAUGAUCAUCAACAGUAAUGAAGUCAACUCAAACGCUCCUGACCCAAAAGAAAUAACAGAAGAUGUGUUGUUGUCUCGGGUCCUCAGUGAAGCGCAUGCUGAGCACUGGCUCCCUCACAAACCAGCCUGGAAGAUCAUCGUGUUGAAGCAUUUCCAAAGUAACUGCAGGGACCAUGGCUCUGACCGGUCGUCUCUUGGAAGGCUUGACAUUUCUUUCGUUGCACACCACGCUAUUGCCGACGGAUUGAGUGGCGUCGCCUUCCAUGCCUCUUUGAUGGAGAACUUUGAGAGGCUUUCGGAGUCAGUCGGUCAGCCACCCUGGCCCAUGACAUUCACCGAACCGAGGGCUGCCCCAACUGCUAUUGAAGAAAAUGUGGACUGUCUGUCAUGCAACUGCACCAUUUGCAAAAGUCCCAACGCCUGCUACGGGAAAGUAUGGGCGGGUGGAGCGAUAUCAAGAACGCCCACAGUCAGCAUAAAGCAUAUGGUUCAAAUUUUGACCAUCCCGGCCGAUCACCUAUCAUCUGUCCUUCAAAACUGCCAGCAGGCCAAGAUUACACUUACUGCACUUUUACAUGCGCUGAUCUGCACCUCACUUCGACGCGGUAUCAAGGAAGAUGUGCACGGAUUUCGAUCCGUAACACCCCUUUCGGUGCGACAGCAUACCGGAGCAUCCAAAAAGGACAUCGCCGACCAUGUCUCUUUCUUGACCAGUUAUGUUUCCGGCGCAGAGCUGGAAAGGAUUCACGGAUGCGAACCUGGCUCUGCGGUAGAAUGGCAGCAUAUAAUCGGACUUGCACAGUCGAUUGGUGUAGACAUGGUUUCCAAGGCUGGCCAGUUCCCACACGGCAGCAUGGUCACAGCUCUAAACCGCAUUCAAGAUCUGGUGUCGCAUUUUCGAAGUCAAGGUGGUACAGAAAGGAAGUACACGUAUGAGAUAUCAAAUUUGGGCUCAACUUCCGACAUCUCCUCACCAGAUGGUAGCAGCCUUAAGCUGGAAAAACUGAGCUUUACACAAUGUGCAGUAGUCGCUGGUCCAGCCAUCGUUUUCAACUGUGUCAGCACAAGAGGUGGACCGCUCGUUAUCAGCAUUACUUGGCAGGAAGGAAUCGUUGAGAAAUCGCUGAUUGAUCACGUUGUGCGAGAGUUGGAGGGUCGACUUGGAGGUGGAGGUGGCAAUGAUAGUUAG